UUGACAAUUGUUGUCAAGGUCAAAUCAUUACCAAGCAUAAUAUUUGCGGACAAAUUUAAAAUUUGAAAAUGUCCAGGCAAAUUUCUCUUUUCGAGUCAGCUCAUAAAGGAGAUUUUGAUUUAGUGAGAAAUAAAUUAGAAGAGGAUCCAACUUUAUUGAAUAAGCAAGAUGAGAGUAAGAGAAUACUUCUACAUUGGGCUUGUGUUGGUGGAAAUUUGAAAUUAGUAUCACAUUUAAUUGAAUUGGGAUCUGCAGUUGAUGCCUUAGAUGAUAAUGAUAACUCUCCACUCAUUCUUGCAAGUUCAGCAGGGCACUUCGAAGUGGUGUGUCUUUUGAUUAAAAACCGAUGUAAUGUGAAUCAAAAAACGUCUAGUGGUCAUUCAGCUCUGCAGUAUGCUGCUUCGAAAGGUUGGCUCGAGAUUUGCAGGAAAUUACUUGAAAAUAAAGCUGAUAUAAACAUAGCUGAUAGUAGAGGUGCCACUCCUUUGCAUAGGGCAGCUUCUAAAGGGAAUACUGAGAUAGUAGAAUUUCUUUUAACUUUUGAUGAUCUUGAUAUAGAUUCAAGAGACUCUUAUGGUAAUACACCGUUACAUUUAGCAUGUGAGGAGGAUAGGCAAAGAGAGGCUCGUAUGUUAGUUGAACAUGGAGCUAGUUUGGACCUUAGAAAUGCAGAGAAGAAAACUCCCCUUGAUUUGUGUUCAAGGACUUUGUAUAGAUUACUAACAAAUAAAUAAUCUUUUUAACUUA